AUGGAAGUAUUCAACCAUUCCAGAGUGUCUGAAUUUGUGUUACUCGGACUUACUGACUCCCUUGAGCUCCAGAUAUUUUUCUUUGCUCUAUUUUCCAUUUUCUAUUUAAUGACCAUGUUUGGUAACUGCUUGAUUAUGUUUACUGUCCUGUCUACCUCAAACCUCCACUUUCCCAUGUACUUUUUGCUGAGCAACCUGUCUCUAAUUGAUAUGUGCUUGUCUUCCUUUGCUACACCAAAGAUGAUCAUGGACCUUUUUGCUCAGCACAAGACCAUCUCCUUUGGGGGUUGCAUGUCUCAGAUCUUCUUUUUGCACCUCUUCACUGGGACUGAGAUUGUGCUGCUGAUCUCCAUGUCUUUUGACAGGUAUACUGCCAUAUGUAAACCUCUCUAUUACUCAAAAAUUAUGAGCCCAAAAAUGUGUAUCGGGCUUGUGGUAAUGUCUUGGACAGUGGGUUUUCUGCAUACAAUAAGCCAGUUAGCUUUUACACUCUAUUUGCCUUUCUGUGGUCCUAAUGUUAUAGAUAGUUUCUUCUGUGACCUUCCUUUAGUCAUCCAGUUGGCUUGUAUAGAUAUAUAUGUUCUUGGUAUCUUCAUGAUCUCCACAAGUGGUGUGAUUGCUCUUAUAAGCUUUCUGCUGCUGCUCACCUCCUACGUCAUUGUUCUUGUCACUAUCAGGGAUCACAGCUCCACUCGCUCUUCUAAAGCUCUUUCUACCUGUACUGCACAUUUCAUAGUUGUGCUAAUGUUCUUUGGGCCUUGCAUAUUCAUUUAUGUGUGGCCUUUCACAAGCUUCCUGGUGGAUAAAACUCUUUCUGUUUUCUACACCAUCUUCACCCCUUUUCUGAAUCCACUUAUUUAUACUUUGAGAAACCAGGAAGUAAAGGCAGCAGUGAAGAAGAAACUAUGCAACCAAUAUUUCCAUUUUGGGAAAACGAAUCCACACCAUCCAGAGCAAUGA